UACUGCACCAAGAAAUUAUUUAUCAAGUACCGAAGAAGAAAAGAGAUAGAGAGAGGAGAAAUGGCGGACAAGUCGGACGUGAGGUACAAAGCUGGAGAGGCUGCAGGUCACGCUCAGGUCAAGAAGGAUGAGACGAUGGAUAGCGCACGUGACGCAGCUCAGCAGGCAGGUGGUUACGUGCAGCAUGCUGGGGAGCAGGUGAAGAACAUGGCUCAAGGGGCAGCUGAUGCCAUGAAGAAUGCUGUGGGGAUGGGAGGCAAUACCACCACCACCACCAAGCGUUAGAUAGAGCCUUCUGUUUCCCUAGACUAUCUUUUGAUGCUCUGAGGAAGUGAGAGGAAGGAAAUGAAGAACAUUUCCCCCAUUUCUAUUUUACUUUCAUUAAUUUUUUUCCCCUCUUUUUAAUCUUUUAUUUCUCUUAUCCUCGGUGUUGAAUAAGCUGGGAGACUGGCUGCAGAUUUGUUUUUAGAAACCACUAUCAAUAAUUUGAGGUUUGGGAUUCAAAUAGUGGAUUGUGAUUGAAGAAUUUGAUA